AUGACACGUCAGACUAAAAAUACGUAUAUUUUAGCUGAAGUUGAUUUUCCUUUAUAUUCCAUACAACUAUUGACGUGUAGGCAUGUAUUUGUAGCUGGCGGAGGCGGCGGUUCCAAAACCGGGAUCUCAAAUGGAUUCGAAUGUUUUGAGUUACUUCACAACAAUGAUUCCAUCUCGGCGCAGAAAGUAUUGAGACAUGACACUGGUGAUAUCGCUGUUAUGAAUUGUGCAGUCAUCACUAAAAAUAAAAAUUCGUAUAUUGCUGCUGGAGAAAAUAAUCGGUGCCAAUUGUAUAAAGUUAAAUGUUGUAUUUGUUCUGAGGAGAAAAAUCGCACGAAUCAUCAUGAAAAAGACGAUAAUACAUCGAGUGCACCGAGGAAUAGAAAAAAUACGCCCGCUGUGAAUAAUCAUUCCACUAAUGGCUUAGUUUACAAUAAAUCAAUGACGUUCCAGUUUUUACCGUAUAAAAGUAUCGAAACAGAAUUCCAAUGGAUAAAAACUGAAUUUCAUAAUGAACCUCCAGUCCAGAAGGCAGUGAGAGUAAGUUUGAAACAUGAUAUAAUCGUUACGGGAGGAACUGAUGGUCAUAUUAGAGUGUGGAAAUUUCCAUCUUUCGAGUUGAAAAUUGAUAUUGACGCUCAUACCAACGAGAUUGAUGAUUUAGACAUCGACUCUAAUAGUUCGAAGAUAGUAUCAGUUUCGAAAGACAAAACUGCUGUGAUCUGGGACAGUUCUACUGGUAGUAAAAUUCAUGAAUUGAAAUGGACUCCACCUGAUGGGAUGAAGUACCUAUUUAAACGGAGUCGCUUCUCCAUUUUGGAAAAUGAUCCAAAAGUUAGCUGCCUUUUUAUGCUUACCAAUGCAAUUGGGGGUAGAAAAAUGGGUAAGAAUCCUGCUCAAAUACAAUUGUGGAAUCCGGGAAGAGGAUUGCUCGUGAAAUAUGCGGAGUUCAAAGAAGAUUUAUCAGCCUUGACUGUGAGAAACGACGGUAGAUUUGUGGCCGUUGGGACGCGGCUAGGAAGUGUUUACAUCUUGACAGCAUUCAAUUUGAAGAUUGCCAUGACCAUACCUAAUGCUCAUAGUAUCUUCAUCACUGGAUUAGAAUUCGUUCCUGUACCAAGAUCUGACGAUGAUGAUUCUUUCACUACGACUGCUGAAGCUUCAGUCAUCAGCAUAUCGGUGGAUAGGAAAAUUUGUAUGCACAAUUUGAAGCAACGAGAUACCAUACCUCUAUGGAUAGCAGUAUUAUUAUUAUGCUUGGUUCUUCUCGCUACUUUUACGUGUUGCAGUUAUGUAGGAUUAUAAUAAAUUAUUAUCGUGUAA